GGAGAUUCUAAAAAAAAAAAAAACUGCGUCGGAGGGCGGCGACGCCGACGCCGGCCUGCCUCCGCGCGAACACGCCGUGGAGCAGCCUCCUGAACCGCGUGUGUCUCAGGCUGCUGCGGAGUACUCCAGUCUCCAGUGCUGUGGCGCGCUGGCACUGACACGCCGAUGGUCUGCGGACGCGUGUGCCGAAUGGAUCGGUGGUGGGAACCGCGAUUCCGGCUGCGCGCGCCGGCGCAGCGUGGCGCACGCGGGCGCAUGGCAUAGGCCUGCUUCCUUUCUGCUUCCGUGUAAUGAUCUCCGCAAUAUCCCUAGAUCGAUCGGUCCGUCCUGCUUCCCCAAUUCUGCCCACGCAAUCCCAUACCGCCGCCGCUCAGCCUGGUUCCACUGAGGCGCGACAGCAGAGGUGGGGAAAUGGCGAGCAGCAGCUACGAGGGCGUCCUGCUGGGGAUGGGCAACCCCCUGCUCGACAUAUCCGCCGUCGUCGACGAGGCCUUCCUCGCCAAGUAUGAUAUCAAACCAGGCAAUGCCAUUCUUGCAGAGGAAAAGCACCUGCCAAUGUAUGAUGAAUUGGCUAGCAAGGGUGAUAUUGAAUACAUUGCUGGAGGAGCCACUCAAAACUCUAUCAGGGUUGCCCAAUGGAUGCUUCAAAUUCCUGGUGCAACGAGUUACAUAGGCUGCAUUGGGAAGGACAAGUUCGGUGAGAGGAUGAAGAAAAAUGCAGAAGAUGCUGGUGUCAAUGCCCACUAUUACGAGGAUGUGAAUGUUCCGACCGGCACAUGUGCUGUUUGUGUUGUUGGUGGUGAGAGGUCACUCGUUGCAAAUUUAUCUGCAGCAAAUUGCUACAAGUCUGAACAUCUGAAGAGACCGGAGAACUGGAUGCUUGUGGAAAAGGCAAAAUAUAUUUAUAUUGCUGGCUUUUUCCUUACCGUGUCACCGGAGUCUAUUCAACUUGUUGCUGAGCAUGCUGCUGCAACUAACAAGGUGUUUAUGAUGAACCUCUCUGCCCCAUUUAUCUGUGAGUUUUUCCGUGAUGCCCAAGAGAAAACACUUCCGUAUGUGGACUACAUAUUUGGAAAUGAAACUGAGGCAAGGACCUUUGCUAAAGUUCGUGGUUGGGAGACUGAGAGUGUUGAGGAGAUUGCUUCGAAGAUCUCUCAAUUGUCUAAGGCUUCGGGAACACACAAGAGGAUUACCGUUAUUACUCAAGGUUGUGAUCCUGUAGUUGUGGCUGAUGAUGGAAAGGUGAAAACAUUCCCUGUGAUCCUUUUGCCAAAGGAGAAGCUUGUUGAUACCAAUGGUGCAGGCGACGCCUUUGUUGGAGGAUUUCUCUCUCAAUUGGUUCAAGAGAAGAGCAUUGACGAGUGUGUCAGAGCGGCUUGUUACGCUGCAAACGUCAUUAUCCAGCGUUCUGGCUGUACUUACCCUGAGAAGCCAGAUUUCCACUAGACACACAUAUUGAGAAUGUCAUGGCGACAGUCUUCUUGACAUUUCCUCUGUAUAUCCUCCAUAAACUGUAAUUCCACCGUGAUGGUGCCUGUGCAAUCUUUAAGUCAAGCUGCUAUGUUUGAACUCUGAAUGAAACGAAACAUCUCUGUAUAUGCUCCAUAAAUUGCAACUGUCGGUAUGUGCAAUCUGUAUGUAAGCUGCUCUGUUUGAAA